AUGCCUCAUCGUCGAAAAUUUAUUGAUAAAAAAAAAGCAAUAACAUUUCAACUUGUUCAUCGUAGUCAACAUGAUCCAUUAAUUGCUGAUGAUACUGUUGGUGAACGUGUUCUUGUUCCAGUUGGUGUUGAACAAAGAAAAGCUGAACAACGUAAAUUUGGAAUUGAUUAUGAUGAUGAUUAUGAUUAUUUACAACAUUUACGUGAUCCAUGUGCACCACCAGAAGAAUAUUCUGUUCAUGUUAACGAAACAGAAGAACCAGAGAAAGAAGAAGAUGAUGAUGACGAUGACAAACAAGAAAACAAUGAAGAAACUACUGUAACUCGUUUUAAUCUUCCAUCAACUGUUUUUGAAAGUAAAACAACAAAUGAAAUAGGAAUGUUAAAUCUUGCAGCUCCAGAUUCAGAUCCAAAAAUUCAUUGGGAUCCUGAUGUUAUUGCUGCACUUGAUGAUGAUGAAUUUGAUUAUGAUGCUAAUGAUAAUCUUCUUGAUGAUGAUUUUAUGCUCAAAGCUAAUGGUAUUCAACCACUUGCUGAUGAAGAAUGUGAUGAAUUCGAAGAUGAAAUAAUCAAUGAAAAUUUACCAACAACUAUUCCACCACUUUUUGUCCCAAAAACAAAUAAACCAAUUCCACUUGCAUUAAGACGUUUUCUUGAUCAAGAUGAUGAUGAUGAUGAUGAUGAUCUUCAUUCAAAUAUGUCUCAUCAAGAUGAUGAUAAACAAACAUCAAAAACAAAAUAUACAAAUUAUUCAAUGACAUCAUCAGUUAUUAGAAGAAAUCAAGGAUUACAAAAUAUUGAUGAUCAUUUUGAUAAAAUUUUUGAUGAUUAUGAUGAUGAUAAUAUUGGUGCGUUAGAUUCUUAUCAUAUUAAUCAGCAAGGUGCUUCAAUUCAAGAUGAUCUUGUUCAACAAACUAUUGAACAAUUUGAACAACAACAAAUGCAAACUGAUGAACAAAUUGAACGUACAGCAAUUGAAAAAACAAAAAAAAUAGCUAAACGUUUAUUAAAUGAACCUGAAAAACUAACAACAAUAACUGUUGAUGAUGAUGAAAAUGAAGAUGAUAAAUGGGAUUGUGAAACAAUUUUAACAACAUAUUCAAAUAUAUAUAAUCAUCCAAAAUUAAUAACACAAAAUUCAACAAAUCGAAUUCGUUUAUCAAAAAAAACUGGUUUACCAUUAACUGAUAAUAAUAAAAUAAAAACAAAAGAAAUAAUAAUCAAUGAAAUACAUGAUGAUGAGAAUAAUGAUAAAGAAUCAACGAAUCAACAAACAAUUAUAUUCGAAAGAAAAAAAGGUGAAACAAGUGAAGAACGACGUGUAAGAAAACAAGCUGUUAAAGAAAUUCGAAAAGAUCGUCGAAUACUUAAAAAAGCAACAAAAAUUGCUUUUAAACAAGAAGAACAGAAACAAUUACAUGAACAAGCUUUAAAUUCAACACAAGCACAUUUACAAAGUCUUCGAGUCACUUAA